GAAAGACGAGAGAGAGAGUGCCGUGUCCGCCUGUACGUCCGUGCGUGUGACGCGCGCGCGCGCGCGCGUGUAUAUCUCGGUUGUGUUGUCCAAGAUGAAGUCCGACUCUAAACCUUUGUUGACAGCUCAGGCGGAAAAGGCGAAUCAUUACACAUACUUGAAGGAAUUUCGCGUCGAACAAUGUCCCCUCUUUAUACAGCGCAAAUGCACACAACACCGACCGUUCACGUGCUUCAACUGGCACUUUAUGAACCAGCGGAGGCGCAGACCGGUGAGAAAGAGGGACCGCACCUUCAACUAUAGCGCCGAUAAUUAUUGCACCAAAUACGACGAGACCACCGGCAUAUGCCCAGAUGGAGACGAGUAA